GCUCGAGCUGAAGCACCUUGGUCACUGCUCCAGCCUUUCCAGCCUUGCCCAGGUCACCAUGGUGCCGCUGGGACACUUAGCCAAGGGGGCCACUUUGGAAGAUCUUCUUGAAACCUGCAUUCAGUCUUUUGAUUUAGAAGGAAAUGCCCAUCAGAAUAACCAGCUGCUAAAGAUAAUUCUGACCAUGCAUCAAUUUAUCAUCUCCUCUGCGGACAUGCUCCAGAAGCUCAUUGAUCUCUAUUUUAAUGCUUUAGAAAAGAAAUCUUCAAUGGUAUGUGUAAAGAUAUGUUAUUUUGUGAGAUAUUGGAUUACAGAGUUCUGGGUCAUGUUCAAAAUGGACUCCAAAUUAAACAAAACUAUGGAGAAAUUUCAAGAACUGGUAAAAGCUAAUGGUGAGGAGUCACAUUGUCAUCUAAUUGACACAACUCAAAUAAAUUCCAGGGAUUGGUCUAGAAAGCUAACACAGCGUGUGAAGGCCAACACCAGUAAGAAAAGGAAAGUCUCCCUUCUUUUUGAUCACCUUGAGCCAGAGGAGCUCUCAGACCAUCUUACCUAUCUUGAAUUCAAGUCUUUCAGAAGAAUAUCGUUCUCAGAUUAUCAGAACUACAUUGUGAAUAGCUGUGUGAAAGAGAACCCAACAAUGGAGAGGUCAAUUGCUCUCUGCAAUAGUAUCUCACAGUGGGUGCAGCUCAUGGUUCUCAGCAAACCAACACCACAGCUCCGGGCCGAAGUGUUCAUCAAAUUCAUUCACGUUGCACAGAAACUCCACCAGUUGCAGAAUUUCAAUACAUUAAUGGCAGUGAUAGGAGGUCUCUGUCACAGUUCCAUUUCCAGACUCAAGGAAACGAGCUCUUAUGUUCCCCAUGAUGUAAUUAAGGUGUUCAAUGAAAUGACAGAACUGCUUUCGUCUUACAGAAACUAUGACAGCUAUCGACGUGCCUAUAAUGAGUGUACUCGCUUUAAGAUUCCAAUCCUCGGUGUCCACCUGAAAGACCUGAUAUCACUUUAUGAGGCCAUGCCGGACUACUUAGAGGACAAAAAAGUUAACAUAUACAAGCUUUACUCUCUAUACAACCACAUAAAUGAGCUAAUACAGCUUCAGGAAAUACCUCUUCCCCUGGAGGCUAAUAUGGACCUUGUUCAUUUGCUUACAUUGUCCCUUGAUCUUUAUUAUACAGAAGAUGAAAUCUAUGAGCUCUCCUAUGCGCGGGAACCAAGAAGUCACCGAGCUGCGCCUUUGACGCCUUCCAAGCCACCAGUAGUUGCAGAUUGGGCCUCAGGGGUUUCCCCCAAACCAGAUCCAAAAACCAUCAGCAAGCAUGUUCAGAGAAUGGUGGAUUCUGUCUUCAAAAACUAUGACCAUGAUCAGGAUGGAUACAUUUCUCAGGAAGAAUUUGAGAAGAUUGCAGCCAGCUUUCCAUUCUCAUUUUGUGUAAUGGCUAAGGACUGGGAAGGUCUCAUUAGCAGGGAUGAAAUAACAGCAUACUUCAUGAGGGCCAGCUCCAUCUACUCCAAAUUAGGACUCGGCUUUGCUCACAACUUCCAAGAGACCACUUACCUGCGGCCUACUUUCUGCGACAACUGUGCUGGAUUUCUGUGGGGAGUCAUUAAACAAGGAUAUAGGUGCAAAGACUGCGGGAUGAACUGUCACAAGCAAUGCAAAGACCUGGUUGUCAUAGAGUGCAAGAGAAGAUCCAAAACUUCAGUUGUAGAGAGCAGCCCCACAUCAGCUCCACAUCUUACUGCAAGCCUCUGCCCAAUAGGAGUCAAAGAGCAGUUCCAUGGACACGAGGAAGGACCCUUUGCGUUUCCUAAUGGCGAAGCAGUGGAGCACAGCGAGGGCAGCAAGGACCGAACCAUUAUGCUCAUGGGUUCCUCAGCUCAGAAGAUCUCAGUGAGACUGAAGCCAGCUGUGGUUCAUAAGGGGACUCAGACUGAUCCUGGACACGCAGCCAGAAUGCCAGAAAACAUUUACCUCCAUCCUGCUGCACAGUCUCCCUUUCUAAGCCCAGUUCUAAAUCGCAGAAAGGCCUAUGUUAAAUGGGAAAACAAGGACUCCAGCCGGAAAAUGAAGGAGCAUCACAGCUGUAAACCCUCAUACCAGGAACUCGAGCAGGAAAUAAGUAUCCUGAAGGCUGACAAUGACACUUUAAAGAUCCAGCUUGAACAGGCACAUAAAAAAUUGGAAUCUCUCUCACUUCAGAGAAGAAAUCAUGUUUUGGACAACAUACAACACCGAGACUUCUCCUAGCAAUGAAGACAGGAAGUUUCCUGUGGAAGAAUGUCAGGCUAAAGGAGGGGCUGUGAUCAAGCUGCUUUAUCAAGUGGCCAGAAAAUAGACUGAAGGUUUUUAAACCUGAAAUUUUUCAGCAUAUUUUGCUAUGAAAAAUAUGCUCACAAAUGUAUAAAUACACUCAUCUGACUUUUUAAGGUAACUGUAUUCUGAGCAAGGAAACUAGUAUCUCCUGGAAUUACUCUGAAAACAGAGUGACCCUGUUUCUGAAGUCCAUAAUGAAGAUGAGAUGGAGUCCCCAGUGACUUGACUGCAAGCAGUGCAUCUUACUCUGCAAGUAUUCUGACAAAGCCACUGUUCUUCAAGCCUUGUUAACUCAAAUUUGGCCCAAUUCCAGGCUUAAGAAACAAACAUUUCACAAAACUAAGCAUUUAAAUAAAACCCUAGAAAUAUUCCAUUAAGAGAAACACAAUUCCUUCUCCUCUUAGCUGAAACCUAUGAAAAUCAUGAAGUGUACUAUUGCCACAGUUUUACAGGGAAUACUAAAAUGAGCAGUUAAACUAGUAAUAUUUGAUUUUUUUUUUUUAAGGAUAAACUGACAAUUUUUAAAACUUGCAGUCCUUAUGAGCACUGCUGCUCGAAAGUUUGCCUUACAGCAAGUAAAAUACAUGAGACUAGUGCGAGUUUACACUGAACACUCCUUCCAUUUUUUGUGUUUCUUGUUACACCUCAGCCCACAUUACCUCUUCCUCCUGGGCUUAGGGGACUGUCUACUUUAGAUGCAGAAUAAGACCAUUUUUUAAUCUUAUGUAAAAGUAACAUCAGAGUUACUUACAACAACAUCUGAGUAGAAGGAAGGCCCUAGUAUGAAGGGAGGUGUAGAGCAAUCCCCAUACAGCAGUUACUGUCCCAGAGCUUCUAACUGCCUCCAAUUCUGACCAGGUUCUCUCUUCUCCCUGCUCUUGCAUGUACUUACGUAAAGAGUCAAGGUUAAGUGUCCUCUUCCCUGUGUGAAUUCUGUACAGCAAAAGGUGCUAGUGAGGUAACUUCAGUUUCUUAAAGCUACAAAAUGUA